AUGUCCGACUCCCCGCAGUCCAAUCCAAAAGAUGUCGAGCAGGACGUACAGUCUCCGAACGAGGACGACCAAAUGAAUGAUCCUCAAGACCCACACUCGAGCGCGCUCGGCUACGAGUUCGAGGUGAAGGAGCAAGACCGGUGGUUGCCCAUAGCCAAUGAUGAACGUCACCAGACUCCGUUACACAUUGUGCAAGGUGCAAGUGUGCAGUGCGAGUGCCUGUACGCUUACAACGAGAACGAGGAUGCUGUGGAAGGGAACGUUAGAAAAUGGUUGGAUGAACAUGGACGGCUGGAACGGAUUGGAAGACGUCUCCUUUGGCACUGUUCUCGGCCGACGGCCGCAAAGGCACGCACCUGCCUUCGUGUUGUACUCACGGCGCGUGCAGCAGCAGGAGGCAGGUGGCAGAGGCAGACAAUCAGCGACGACAAGCAGCGUGGGACACCCCUGAAAGGAACUCGGACGGGAGCCUGCGUAUUGCUUGCAUGCGCGCCUUUCUUCCUUUCCACGCCUCUUGUCCGAAGGAAAGAAAACGGCUGGGGAAACGCGUCGCAGCCCUUGCCUCCGAAGCCUGAAGCCUGCAGCUACACCUUGCCCUUUGCACAAAUCGCCUCUGCUCCAUUCUCCAUGUCCCGACAGCGCUCCUCCCCCUCCAAGUCGCCAGGCGAAGGGCGUGGCUUGUCUUCGCGGCUUGACAAGCACGAUGUAUACGACGCUAACAUUCGAAACUUUGCUCCAGUUGCCCGCAUCAUGAAACAUGCGCUCCCAGAGAACGCCAAAAUUGCAAAAGAGGCCAAGGAGUGCAUGCAGGAGUGUGUCAGCGAGUUUAUAUCUUUUAUCACCAGUGAAGCAUCCGAGAAAUGCCACCAAGAAAAGCGAAAAACGGUUAACGGCGAAGAUAUUCUCUUUGCCAUGACGUCAUUGGGGUUUGAGAACUACGCCGAAGCUCUCAAAAUUUACCUCUCGAAAUACCGCGAGUCUCAAUCAAAUCGUGGAGACAACCAGCAGGGUCGUCCUGGCAGCCAGGGCUUCGGUGCCGCCGGGGGCGCAGGCGCGGCUGGCGCGGCUGGGUUCCAGGGCGGUUCCGAGCUCCCGGCCGCCGAGGGUGGUGCCGAUGCGUCUAACUACAUGUAUGGCGCGCAGGCCGGCCACAACGGAUCUGCUGGCGGCGAGGGCGGCUACUAA